AUGUCAGAAUACGGCUACAACAACCAAUACUCGACCUCAUACGGCGCAAACAGAGCCGCAGACGGUGGCGGCUUCGUGGCAGGAGAGCCUCAAAGCAGUCCAGCGGCCGGAAGAGGCGGCUUUGGAAAGGAAACCAUCCGUCCCGUCACCAUCAAACAGAUCAAAGAUGCGCAACAACCACACCCCGACGCCGACUUUACAGUAGACGGGGAGGCGCUCGGUCAAGUAACAUUCGUUGGCCAGAUCCGAAGCAUCAAUACACAACCCACAAACAUCACAUACACCAUCGACGACGGGACAGGGAUAGCCGAAGUCAAACAAUGGAUCGACAGCGACGCCGCUAUGAACAUGAACGCAGACAAAAUGGACGGAAUCGAGUCCGGGAAACCAAGACUCGUCGAAGACGCAUACUGUCGCGUAUGGGGGAGACUGAAAGCGUUCCACAACAAACGACAUAUCGGGGCACAUAUCAUUCGUCCGAUCACAGAUUACAACGAGAUCAACUACCAUUUGCUCGAGGCGACGGCGGUGCAUUUGUUUUUCACGAGAGGACCGCCGCAACAGAACGGACAGAAGGGUGUUGUUGGUGGUACAAAUGGAGCGGCGGGUGUCACACACCAGGAAUUCGCUAGCGCUACCGAUAGUGCACUUCCGAACGUCUCACCACUUGCUCGACGGGUGUAUAAUACACUCAAAAACACUGCGCAGAGCAACGAGGGUCUGCAUGUCCAGAUGCUCGCGUCGCAGAUGGGCAUGAAUGUCAAUGAUGUGUAUAAGGGGGCUGAAGAACUCUUGGCCAUUGGUGUUAUUUUCACGACGGUUGAUGAUAACACUUGGGCGCCAUUGGAGGUCUGA